AUGCCGGCCAUCAACAACAACCCUGAAAACUACGCCCUCUUUCGGGACUGUUUGUCCACCACUCUCCUACAGCCCGCCUCUUCGGCCCCGGACCCGCCCAAGCGCCGUCGACGUGGUAGGAACACCGGUGCUCCGCUCGUUGCAUCCACCCCGGCCCCGGGCCCGGAGAAAGAUGCUGAGGAACUUGCUGAAUUUGUCGACUAUCUCGCUGCUGAGAUCUUUGACAAUCUUCCAGAGGAGUUGCAGGACCUCGAGUAUAGGGCAUGGCGAGAGGACGAAAUGUUGCAGGAGCAGUACUCUCUCCCACUCACAAAAGACAGCCUUUUGUUGUUAAACCUGCCACCAUCUGUUAUCGAGACCCUCACAACUUACAACCUUAUCUCUGCCGAUCCCUAUGUUGCAUCGCAUCUUCCGUCAUCCCCAGAGUCAUUCCUCCUUCCCAUUCUCACCUCGUACAUAACUCCUCUCAUCGAGCCACCUCCCGCUACACGUUCAACUCGGGCUGACGCGUGUGAGCUAUGUGCCCGAUCCUGGGUUCCUCUGUCUUACCAUCACCUCAUCCCACGGUUCGUGCAUGAAAAGGCCGUUAAGCGAGGAUGGCACCGUAAAGAAGAUCUGCAGAAUGUGGCGUGGCUGUGUGGUGCCUGCCAUCGCUUUGUUCAUCACUUCAAAACGCACGAGGAGCUGGCACGAGACUACUACACCGUGGAGCUGUUACUGGACGAGGAGGAGGUUCAAAGAUGGGCUCACUGGGUUGGUAGGUUGAGAUGGAAAGGAAGAUAG